GGCUGGCGGCUGGCGGGGUGCGGGUCACCCACAUCAGCUUCGCAGCGUACUCGUUCGGCGGGCUGAUCGCACGCUACGCGGCCGGCAAGCUGCUGUCCUGCGGCUUCUUCCGGCGUGUGGCGCCCGUCAACUUCCUGACCAUCGCCUCUCCGCACCUGGGCUGCUGGGAGCACCCCAGCAGCAUGACACACCUGGCCUACAACAGCAUCCUACCCUGGACGCUCAGCCGCACGGGCCGCCAGCUGCUGCUAGCCGACCGCUGGCUGCACCCCGAGGGGCUGCCGCUGCUGGCAGUCAUGGCGCGACCCGACUGCGCCUUCCAUGCAGCCCUCGCCGCUUUCGCCAAGCGGGUUCUGCUGGCAGACAUACGCAACGACCGAACGGUGCCGUACACCACUGCCGCCAUCACGGCAGUGAAUCCGUACUUGCCGCAUGUGCUGCCGUACAAGAGGUCGGCCGCGCCGGGUGCGGCGGCUGCGGCGGCUUUGAGGCGGUUUGGGAAACGUACGACAGCGUUGCCGUACGGUGAGAAGGAAGUGACGACAGCGGCGGCGACGGCGGCGGCAGCGUCAUUGCCGUACAGCGGCGGUAGCGGUUGUACGGCAGGGACGCUAGCGGAGGUAGCGGAGGAUGGUGGCGAUGCCGUCUGCGGCCCUGAAGCCGUCACUGACGGUACUGGCGAUGACGGCUUGGGUGACGCUUUUAUUGGGGGCACAGACGCGGGGAGCGGCGGCGGCGGCGGCGCUGACGUCGUCGGCAGCGGCAGUGGCGGCGGCAGCUGGGGUUUGAGCAACGGCUUUGGCUUGGUGCCGCUGUUCAGUGCGGGCAUGGGGCUGGUUUCGGG